GAUGCAGACCCGCCCCCUCCGGCUUUGCGUAGUGACGCCAUCAUUCGGCGCCGAGGGGACGGCGAGGAGUGUGGAGGUUGGUGCCGCUUUCGGCUUAUCCCUGCCGGAACAUGGAUUCACAGAAGGACGUUCAGCCCCCAAAGCAGCAGCCAAUGAUUUACAUUUGUGGAGAAUGUCAUACAGAAAAUGAAAUAAAGGCAAGAGAUCCGAUCAGAUGCCGAGAGUGUGGGUACAGAAUAAUGUACAAGAAAAGAACAAAAAGAUUGGUGGUUUUUGAUGCCCGGUGAUUUGACCUGAAGAUACAUCAAUUUUAUACUUCAGUUUAAUAUUUCUGGCAACUUUGCUCUGUAAAUCCAUUGGUGUAUAAAUGCAUAGUUUAGUGGUUUAAGAUAUUAAAAUAUUAAACUUCACUGUGAUACUACUUGCCAUACCAUCUCAAUUCUGUCUAUACUACUUUUAGAAAUGGGUUUCUUCCUUAAACUUUAGUCAGAAUGUGCAGCAUUCUGUUAAAUUCAUUGGUAUUAUAUUCAUUUUUGAGUUAAGUGUUAACCUUGUUUUCACAGCUCACACCUAAGCCUUACCUGUGUUUCAGCUCUUCAGUGUUUUUUGGACUCCUGUGAACUGCAUAAGAUAAUCUUGGUUUGAAUAAAUCCCAGUGAAGACAUAUUGAAAGUCACGCAAAAUCAGGUCUGAAAUUUGGAUUUGAACUCGACAGGACCCAAAUCAGGAUAAAAAUAAAUGUGUAAAUAGAGA